AUGGCAGGUUUGAGUUACCCUCUAGUACUGGCAGCUCUGUCUGCAUUUAUAUUAGCAUUGGCGCUCCAUCCAGUCUCGGUUGAUGCUAAGUUCUCAAAAAGUACCUACUUCAACUGGGGUGGUCACCAUUCUUCGAUCUCGGGAAAUGGUGAGGACCUCCAGCUGGUAUUGGAUAAAACAUCAGGCUCGGGGAUUCAGUCGAAGCAGGCGUUUUUGUUUGGCAGCAUCCAAAUGUUGAUCAAGUUGGUCCCUGGGAACUCUGCAGGGACAGUAACUGCAUAUUAUGUAUCCUCCACUGGGGAUAGACACGACGAGAUCGACUUUGAGUUCCUUGGAAAUGUGUCUGGGCAACCUUACAUCAUCCACACCAACGUCUUCGUACAAGGAAAUGGAAGCAGGGAACAGCAGUUCUACCCGUGGUUUGACCCAACUGCCAACUACCACAACUACACCAUCCACUGGAACCCUACCGCCAUUGUGUGGUAUGUGGACAGUGUGCCAAUCAGAGUUUACCGCAACUACGAGAGCCAGGGGGUACCUUUCCCAAACAAACAAGGGAUGAGGGUUUACUCUAGCCUUUGGAAUGCUGAUAACUGGGCAACCAGAGGAGGCUUGGAGAAGAUCGACUGGAACUCUGCUCCCUUCGUAGCCAGGUACCGCAAUUUCAGGGCUAGGGCUUGCAAGUGGAAUGGACAGCCAAGCAUCACCAAAUGCGCAGUGAAUUCACCGGCUAACUGGUGGACAUCUCCUGUAUACAAACAGCUGAGCUCUGCCAAGCAAGGCCAGAUGAAGUGGGUGAGAGAUAAUCACAUGAUCUACGACUAUUGCAGAGAUUUCAAGAGAUUCAACGGCAAUAUGCCACCAGAAUGCUUCAAGCCACAGUUCUAA